GGCCGAAAGCGGUGAUGGUGAUACUUAUCUAGAGUUUAAGGUUUAGAAAAGUAGAAUCGAUCGUGUGCUGUGCGUCGUUAUUGGAAACAAAAUCAAACCACGCAUUGCUGAUUACAUUAUUUUUAUUCUACACGACUAUUGUGUCACUGUUAUCUGUUUCAGUGAAUACAUCAACUGAGUAAUAAAACUGUUUUUAUAUUGUACACAUUAUUAAAUAUAUUACAAUGGCUGAUUCUUCUUAUGAAAAAGGACUGAGCGAACUUUCAAAAAUGAAAGUCGCCGAUUUAAAGGUAGAAUUAAAACAAAGAGGGUUGCCGACAACGGGAAAUAAAAAUGAACUUGUUGAAAGGCUUCAACUUGCUAUUCAUGGUGAUAGCGCAUUAUCACUAGACGAGAAUGCAGAAGAAAUUUUAGAUGAAGAUGCUGUACUUGAGGAUGAAGAAAUUGAAGAGUUGACUCCUGAAAAGCCAGAUUCUCAAGAAGUCGGUGAAAAGAGAAAAUUAUCAACAGAUGCCAAUCAGGUAUCAGCUAAAAAAAUAGUUCUCAACCGUAAUUCAGUUAUUGAAGAAAUAAAAGUUGAUAAACCAAGUGAUGAAGAGCCACCUAAAUCUGUUGAGGCAGCUGAACCUCAAAAACGUGUUAUUAAAUUAUCAGAAGUUGGAAUAAAAGAGCGGUUGGAAAUGAGAGCUAAAAAGUUUGGUGUACCAUUAUCUGAGUCAGCGAAAAAAGAAGCCAGGUCAGCUAGGUUUAAUAGUAGUAAUCAAAGUGAUAAAUCUGCAGCGUCUAUUAAAAUACCUGUUGAAACAUCUGUUGAAACCCUGAAGAAACGUGCAGAAAGAUUCGGAACAGUUUCAAAUGUUGUGGAAAAGGUUGAGCUUUUGGAAAAAAUUGAAAAACGUAAAGCAAGAUUCGGUGAAGUUCAAGUACAGCCCAUUAAGAAACCUACCUUUGUUAAUAGAGUUAAAUAUGUUAAAUGAUAUCACUUAUCAUACAUAAAUUUAUCAAAACCUAUUAUUUAAUUUACA